AUGAAUGAAACAGGAAAUCCUUCGAACUCUUCUCUCCGUGAGUGAACAAAAAAUUUUGUUCGCUCAUGGAGGGAGUUUUUUUUUAAUAUUAAAAAAUUUUAAAAAAAUCCUAAUUCGCGAAAAUUGGAAAACAAAUGUUUAUUAAAUUUAUAAAUAUUAUGUUCUAAAACGCAAUUUGUUUAAAAUUAAAGAGAAUUAGUAGAGAUUUCAAUAUAUUAAUUAUCACUUAUAUAUCAAAUUUUUGUUCAGGUUUUUUGGUCAAAAAAUAUGGAUUUUUCCAAUGGUUUUGCUCGCUCACUAAGGGGAGUAAGAAAAAAGCUCCAAGAGCCUAUAUAAGGCUUAUUUUAAUCAUUUUGUCAUUUCUUAUCAGCUUCACCUCAUUCUAUUUUUAUAUUUUCGACAUUAUUCUAGGACGAGAAAACUGGUGAAACUGGCUAAUUAUUUGUGCACUCAUAACAGCUCAUGCUCUUAUUGAAUUAAUUUUCUAUAUAUCAUUAGUCUGCCGGGACGAUAUUAAAAAAGUUAAAAGUAUAUGUUGUUUAGGGUAUGUGAUGUUGAAAAUCAAUGAUUUUUAUAAUAAAUGCAUCAAUUCUAAAUUGAAGAAAGGAAUUGUAUUGCUCAAUUAUUUUAUUAGGCCAACAUUAUUUUUUCUAUCAUUUUUCGAAUUUAAUCUUUCCCCUAAUAGAAGCCAGCAGUAUGAAGUUAUUACUUUUGAAUGUGUAGUCUUUUGCCUUAAAUUAAUAGGAGCAGCAGAUCCUUUCGGGUUAGUUUUACUCGUGCUUAUUAAGCUAUUUGGGAAAAAUAAAGCUAAAAUAGAACAGUCUCCGGGUUCUAUGAAUAGUAGACAAGAAGCAGUAGAAGAAGAAAAAAAAGAAGAAGAAAAAGAAAACAAUACAAAUUAUAAUCAAACUCCUCUUACAAAUGAUAUAACUGAAAUAUAUGAAUGUGAUGAAUUAGAUGAGACUAAAUCAGAAAGUCCUAUUAGAUUAAAAAGCCGAAUUAAAAAUUUUCCCUACAGCUAA